AUGGGUGUGUGUGGUGCACUAUGUGCCUGACAUGAUCGACCCAGCUCUCCUCCUCCCCGGUCGCCUCGACAAGCUUCUAGUCGUUCCCCUCCCUUUUGAGAAUCCUCAAUUACCUGACAUGAUCAACCCGGCUCUCCUCCGCUUGCACUGUUUUUAUCGGAAAUUGUUUCUUUCUUCCACCCCGCCCUUCCCUCUCUUCCCCAGACCUGACAUGAUCGACCCAGCACUUCUCCGCCCGGGUCGGCUCGACAAGCUUCUUUUCAUUCCGCUGCCCGACGCGCCGUCUCGGGCAGCCAUUCUGUGCACUCUCAUUCGCUCGAUUCCCCGGGCAGAAGACGUAAAUGUUGAGCUUAUGAGUGAGCUGGCAGGGGUUGGGGACGGUGGGGCAUCGGCAACAGCAGCAGCAGCAGCAGUGACAGAGGGAGCCGCAGGUGAGACAGGGGCAGCAGUGGGAGAAGGAGCAGGAGACAAGAAGACUGGUAGUGUGGAGCAGAGAGGAGGAGGAUCAGCAGGUGGAGGGGGAGGAGAAAUAGAUGGGAGUUAUACAGGAGGGAGGGAAGGAGGAGGGAGGGAGCAGACUGGGGAAGAUUCAAGUGUAGUCCCAUUGGAGGUGCAGAAAGCAAGGGAUAGGAAGGGGGGAGGGAAGCUUCCAGGGGCGGCUAGAGGACGCAAGGCCCCCUGUGAUGGAUUCAGUGGCGCUGACCUGGCAGCUCUGGUGAGUUGA